UCACACAACAACUGGAGACCGAGACGACAGACAUGUAAUAUUCAUUUUUUCGACUAUAAUAUUCCGGCAAAUCAAAAAUUUCAAAAUAGUUCUUACACAUUGCUGAAAGCGGAGCCCACCAAAAUGAUCGGAAGAAUAUCAAUCUGUCGUACACCCCUUCAUUAUUUGGGAAUGCUGCGUCCUACUUUGAGAUCUACACAGCAGUCGCCUCUGGCGGCACAACGCCUUAAGCAUGAUACGGGCGACUCGGGAGAGGAGCCAUCGGCCAAGGGCCGCACUCGCCUUCGACAGGUGAAACUCAUUGAAGAGCGACGGGGCUCUGGUAAGAGAGAAAACCCGAUCAGAGAUGGUGCAACGACUAGCGGCCUGAGGACGAAGUCCGUGGGCCUUGAAAGCGAGCAAGCAAAUAAUGAACCCAUGGGUGAGGCAAAGGACGAACCCAUGAGUGAGGCAAAGGACGAAGUCUUCAAUGAAGCAAAGGAGGUUGCCUUAAUGAGUGCCUCGAAGGAUGAACCCAUGAGUGAGGCAAAGAAUGAACCCAUGAGUCAAGCAAAGAAUGAACCCAUGAGUGAGGCAAAGAAUGAACCCAUGAGUCAGGCAAAGAAUGAACCUAUGAGUGAGGCUAAGGACGAACCCAUCAGUGAGGCUAAGAACGAAGUCUUCAGCGAAGCAAAGGGGGUAGCCUUAAUGAGUGCCACGAAGGAUGAACCCAUUAGUGAGGCAAAGAAUGAACCCUUCUGUGAAGCCAAGGACGAAGCCUUCACCGGUGCCCAGCAUGAACCCAUGAGUGAAGCAAAGGACUCACCACGCAGUGAUGCCCAAGAUGAAGCCUUCACCACCGAAAUCCCCCAAGAGCGUAGGCAGGAGUCUCCCUUCGAGUCCAGGCCAGAGCUACCCAUGGAAAGGCAGCCAGCCUUGCCCGCAAAGACAUCACCGGGCGAGGUGAAUCCCAAGAAUCCCUAUCACAUCGUGACAUGUGAACAGGAACAGGAUACGGGGCCAUCGAAUGCUGAAGUCCCCGAAGGUAAAGUGAAGGUAUCCGGCACGAUCAUCUUUAAGGACAGCUCGAAUUUUGAGACCAAAUCUUUGAAAAUUCUGGCAAACGUACCAACGCUCAAAGGAGAGUCGAUGAAUGUUUGGUCACAGUCCUGUGCCCCAGAGAAGGCGAAUUCUGGUGACGCGAAGAACGUCAAUGACACGAAGGACGAGGAAGCGCAGAUCAUUUUGGAAUUUGAUACCGAUACGUCAACUACCAAAGGAAACAUGGAUCUUAAAGUCAAUGCCACUAAAACCGAAGAGAUCGUCAACUCUGACACGCAAAACAAGAUCGACGAAAAGCAGGCAACGAUUGAGGAUCUAUAUUCAACGACCCCAAAAGGAUAUGAGAUUGGUUGUGUGGUAGAUCUAAGCGACGUAGUCCAGAGCUCCAGAGAUGAACAGAACGUGGAAGCCAUUGUUCCUGAAAUUGAAAAUGUAGAUGAUAAGAUCCAGAUAUCCUCUACAGCAGCAACCACCAAUAGAUUACCCCGUACGAUCCCCAGGAAAACAGAUGAUUCGCCCGCAAAAGCAGUAGAAGCAGUGAACGAAGAGCAAGCCGUAGAAGCCAUUGUUCCAGGAACUGGAAAUCUUGAUGAUAAGAUCCAGAUAUCCUCUACAGCAGUUGAAGAAGUACAAGCCGUGGAAAAAGUGGAAACCAUUGAAAACCCCGAAGAGAUAGCCAUCAAAUCACCCACCAAUAGAUUACCCCGUACGAUCGUAAGGAAGAAGGAUGAUUCGCCAAUCCAGACACCCACCAAUAGAUUACCCGUUCAAUGGGUAAAUGAGGAUGGUUCCCCCGCGAAAGCCGUUGUCCCUGAAACUGAAAAUGCAGAUGAUAAAAUCCAGAUAUCCUCUACAGCAGUGAAAGAAGAACAGGCCGCGGAGGCCGUGAAAAAAGAGGAAGCCAUUGUCCCUGAAAGCCCCGAAGAGAUAGCCAUCAAAUCACCCACCAAUAGAUUACCCCGUACGAUCGUAAGGAAGAAGGAUGAUUCGCCAAUCCAGACACCCACCAAUAGAUUACCCGUUCAAUGGGUAAAUGAGGAUGGUUCCCCCGCGAAAGCCGUUGUCCCUGAAACUGAAAAUGUAGAUGAUAAAAUCCAGAUAUCCUCUACAGCAGUGAAAGAAGAACAGGCCGCGGAGGCCGUGAAAAAAGAGGAAGCCAUUGUCCCUGAAAGCCCCGAAGAGAUAGUCAUCAAAUCAGCCACCAAUAGAUUACCCCGUAUGGUCGUAAGGAAAAAAGAUGCUUCGCCCGCGAAAGCCGUAGAAGCAGUGAACGAAGAACAGGCCGUGGAAUCCUCAGAAGAAGUGGAAAUCGUCUCUGAAAACACCGAAGCCUUCAAAUCUCCCACCAAUACCUUACCCCUUAGGAUCGUUAGGGAUGCGAAUGAUUUGCCCGUUGAGCCAAUUUUUAAGCAGUUAAUACCAUCAUCAGAGCUUAAGACGAAUAGGGAUGCACCGCUCGAAAAGUCCUACUCUUGGAAACAUAAAUCCAAAGAAAACCCAGAGUUUAUACAGACUAAAACAGCGUUUAAAAGCGAUAUGGAAGAGGAAUUAGUGGCACAAACAUCAAUGGACUUGAGUCCUGAGAAAUCAUUGAAGAAAGUUGAGGUUGAAACUUCUGAAGCUAAAGAAUUUAAGUCGGAGAUGAAUGAACUGCAAUCGGAGACCAAAGAACUUCAAUCGGAGAUGAAUGAACUGCAAUCGGAGACCAAAGAACUUCAAACGGAAAUUAAUGAACUACAAUCGGAGACCAAAGAACUUCAAUCGGAGAUGAAUGAACUUCAAUCGGAGACAAAAGAACUUCAACCUGCGAUGAAUGAGCGUCAAUCGGAGGCAACAGAAGAGAAAUCAGAAUCUACAGAAGCCCAGAACCCUCCCAAGUCCGCUGCAGAAAUAAUCUCCAUGAUGGAACAGAAGCACAAAGACAAAAAAUCCAUGUCCCUUGCCAAAAGGUCCCAUGAUUACCCCUCGAAAUCCACAUCCCAAAUAGUUGCAACAUUUGGCCUGAGACCCGAACCCGGUCAAGGAUUCAGGGCCAAAGGACAGCUGAACAGAACUGAGUUGGACAGACAAGCUGAUGAAUACUUUGCGUACAUCAGUGAACCGGUGACGUCUCAACGGACGACGAAAAUGGAACCAGAACCCUCAGAAUUGGAAAAGAAAAUGGAACCAGAAAACUCAGAAUUGGCGAAAUCAAUAGAAGCAGAAACCUCCGAGCUGGACAGAAAAGUAGAAAGAGUGGAAACACCAGAAGAAUCGAACAGAAAAGCCGAAGAUUACUUUGCGAAGAUCCACGAUCCGGAGACCUCAGAAUUGGAACCAAAAAUCGCCGAAUUUAUGAAGAAAAAAGAUUUGGAGCAAUCACAAUUGGAGUUGAAAAUGGAGCCCGAAACCUCAAAACUAUCCAUAAAAGUAGGAAAAGUGGAAACACCAGAAGAAUCGAACAGAAAGAUCCACGAUCCGGAGAUUUCAGAAUUGGAACCAGAAAUCGCCGAAUUUAUGAAAAAAAUAGAUUUGGAACAAUCACAAUUGGAGAUGAAAAUGGAACCAGAAACCUCCGAACUGGAUAGAAAAGUAGAAAAAGUGGAAACACCAGAAGAAUCGAACAGAAAAGCUGAAGAAUAUUUCUCGAAAAUCAACAAACAUACGACCCCAGAAUUGGAAGCUGAAAUUUCGAAAUGCAUGGAAACCUCAAAAUUGCCGAAGAAAAUUUUACCAGAUUUCUCCAAGCUGUACAAAAAAUUUCAAAAAGUGGAGACGCCAGAAGAAUCCGAGAGAAAAGCAGAAGAAUAUUUUGCGAAGAUCAGCGCACCGGAAACCUCAGAAUUGGCAAAGAAAAUGGAACAGGAAAAAUCAGAAUUGGCGAAUAAAAUGGAACCAGAAAAAUCAGAAUUGACGAAGAAAAAGGCAGCAGAAACCUCCCAACUGGGCAGAAAAGUAGAAAAAGUGGAGACACCAGAAGAAUCCAACAGAAAAGCCGAGGAAUACUUUGCGAAGAUCAACGAUCAGGAGACCUGGAUGCUGGACAGACAAGUGGAGGAACCAAGGCGCACCACGUUUGAAGAAAUGUUCGUCAACUCAAAAUCGAGUCAAUACUUUAACAAAAUGAAGCCCAAACAGGAAACUUCUCGGCUAAAGAGAAACGAAACCUCAAAAAAGGUCAAAAAAAGCUCACAUUUGGAUACAAAACUAGAUCAAGCGACUAAGGACAUGGCAUUACACCAAAAAGCUGAGGAUUACUUUGACAUAAUAAAUGAAGCAGAACUCUCGCAACUGGAAGGGAAAAUGGAACCCGAAAGCUCACAAUUGGACAAAAAAAUGAAGCCCAAAACCCCCCAAGAAGAAGAAUCAAGGUCUUUCGAGGAACUGACCACCAAAUUUGUAGUGACACAUGGGGGGGAAAAAGAGGAAGCCGAUGAGAAAUCAAUGAAAAGGAAUCGAGACGAUGCCAUAGCCGAUAAGCAAGGGGACGACACCAAUGAAGAGUCGCCAUCCGAUAGACCUCUCUUUGUGCCCCCUGACGACAAGGACAGGCUAAAGGAGAAAAGUGAGCUGUCAGAAGGAGAUCUGUAUAAAAAACAAUCAGAGGAUCCUGUGUCUGACGAUGCGGCAGAAUUUAAUUCAAACUCCGAGCCCGAAAAGAGGCCAGCUCCAGAGAAGAAACGCAAACGCAAGCUGGCGGAUGGAGAACUAGACGUUAAGCUGCUCGUUCCGGAUGAAGCCAAAGAGACUGCCAGUGGGACUUCCUCGGCGAUAGAUGCACCACCAAAACAGAACUUUGUUCAAUACAUCGUUGAGAAGAUCUUUCGCAAAAAGAAGCCCCCGCCAAAAGGCAGAACAAUGUCCACCUGCUGCCAGAGCCGUGACCUAAGCACAAGCUGUGCUCUGCUUUGCCCUGACAACAAUGACAUAUUCGAUGAUCCGUUCAGUCCAGAAGAGGGCAAGACAAUCAAUCCCAACGAUAAGGACUUCAUUUCGCCGGAUCUCGAGAGGCAGGGUCUGGGCGCCAGAGCCAUACGCACGGACCGUGAAGAGAAUCGGAAACAUGGUCAACCCCAAGCCAUGAAGAUAGAUAAUCCGGUGGGUGUUUGGUCUACAAGGAAACCAAAGACUCCUUUGAAUCAUCAGCCCGGGAUGAACAUGAGCACGAUGUUCUUUUCCAGCGAUUCAGAUUCCACCAAGAUCCGUGGCGGUUCCAAGCAGUGCAAAAACCGCGAGAAGACAAUGCGCGAAAAGCUAAUGGAAAAGAAAGAGAGCAAAGACAAUAAAAUCGAGAUCAUGGGCGGCUCCGAGCAGUGUGCCGAAAAGUUGGAGAAACUCAAAGACGGCUCUAAAGAUGAUGACUGCAAAAGCAGUUUCAGCAGCUUCUUUCAAAUCACAAAAAUGUUUUGGUCUCCUACUCCUACAGGUUCAGAACCAACCAAAAAGGACAAAUAGAAGAGGCUGCCCUGCCAAUUGAAGCUGUGUUGAUGGAGAGAACUCACAAUCAAAUUACAUAAACAAUAUCCGAUUUAUCUAAAUUAAAUUAUUUGAAUAUACUUGAAAGUAACAAAGAAACCAU